GUUUGUUUGGGCUGUAGCUCAAAGAAUGCAUGUCAUGGUCCACGUCUAGGACGGCCAUUUGCGCCCAUGCCAUUACGGCCUGCAAGCCUCCUUGGGGGAAAUCGAAACGUUUUCGGUCUCGGCGAUUCAGCGACUGAAGCCACCAGUUCAUGGACGUCCAUGACAUUUCCAACGCAGUGUCGCGCGAGCAAGUUCUUGUUUCCAGCCUGCGAAGUGGCUUCAACUGACACGGCAGUGGAACCUAGGCACAGUCAGCAACUGGCAACAUGCUUUGGCGUCGGAGAGGCAGCAGCUGGCCUUCGAAGCGCAUCGGACUUCUUGUUCAGCAUCGAUAGUGGCCGUGCGUGGGAUCAAUUCCAGGAGCUCUUCAAGACACCUGCUGUGUUGGCCAAAUAUGAUAAAGAUUUUGAAUAUUGGGUUGCUGAGGCAACUGAUGCCAAUAACGAUCUGAACCGCGCAAAAGAGUUGCUUCAACAAGCGCUUCAAAAUCAAGCCCCGCAGCCUGAAGAUGAACAGGUUGUGGUUGAUCAAGACUGA